UGAAAGUGAACGGAAGUGGAGGAUCUUUCGCCUGGAGCACACUCCGAUAAAAACGUACUCCAGCAAUCCAAGCAAUCCCAAAUCUAAAAUUCCAUUCCCAUUUCUUUCGGCAUCACUCUGGGUUUUUUGUUCUUUGGGCAGCAGAAUGUCGGUAAUACCCACAACUAUAGCCCCCGAGGUGGAGGACGUGGUGAAGGGCUUCAUGCUGAGCCAGGACCAGAUGACGGAGGUGGUCGACCGCAUGACCAAGGAGAUCAAGAUGGGCCUGGCCAAGGACACACAUUCGCGGGCGGUCAUCAAGUGUUUCGUCAGCUAUGUGCAGGAUCUGCCAACGGGAAAGGAGCGCGGCAAGUAUCUGGCCCUCGAUCUAGGUGGCUCCAAUUUCCGUGUGCUUCUCGUUGACCUGAAGAGCAACACGGACAUUGACAUCCUGUCGAAGAGUUAUGUGAUUGCAAGUAACUUGCUGUCGGGCCCCGGCAAGGAUCUGUUCGACUUUAUAGCCAACUGCCUGGCUGAGUUCUGCAAGGAGCACGGCCUCCAGGGCGAAGCCAUUCCGCUGGGCUUCACCUUCUCGUUCCCCCUGCAACAGCAGGGCCUGACCAAGGGCGUUCUGGUCACCUGGACAAAGGGCUUCAGCUGCGAGGGCGUUGUGGGCAAGAAUGUGGUUGGCCUGCUCCAGGAGGCGAUCGAGCGGCGCGGAGAUCUCAAAAUCAACAUUGUGGCCAUCCUCAACGAUACAGUGGGCACCCUCAUGUCCUGUGCCUUUACGGCGCGCAACUGCCGCAUCGGCCUCAUCGUCGGCACCGGCUCCAAUGCCUGCUACGUGGAGAAGACGGUGAAUGCCGAGUGUUUCGAGGGCUACCAGACCAGUCCCAAGCCGCACAUGAUCAUCAACGCCGAGUGGGGCGCCUUCGGGGAUAAUGGCGUGCUGGACUUUGUCCGCACCCCCUACGAUCGCACUGUGGACAAGGUAACGCCCAAUCCCGGCAAGCAGACAUUCGAGAAGUGCAUCUCUGGCAUGUACAUGGGAGAGCUGGUGCGUCUGGUGCUGGUGGAGCUCAUGGCCAAGGGGAAGAUCUUUGUCGGCGAAAACUCUGAGCGCGUGCAGACGCAGUGGAAUUUCCCCACCAGCUACCUCUCGGAUAUUGAGGCCGAUGGCCCUGGCGACUUUCGUGGCUGCAACAAGGUCAUCAGUCAGCUGGGACUCGUCGGCAACAAUGUGAAGGACAAGGUACAUUUGCGGUACAUCUGCGAGGCGAUCUCCUCGCGAUCGGCAAAGCUGUGCGCCUGCGGCCUGGUCACCCUCAUCAAUAAGAUGAACAUCAACGAGGUGACAGUGGGCAUUGAUGGCAGUGUGUAUCGCUACCAUCCUCGGUAUCACGAUCUGUUGAUGUUCCACAUGACCAAGCUGUUGCGGCCGGGCAUCAAGUUUGAGCUAGUGGAGUCCGACGAUGGGUCCGGCAAGGGCGCUGCUUUGAUUGCAGCCACCGCUGUGCAGAACACAGCCAAAUAGUCAUCCAAAUCGGUCGAGUAAUGAGUAGCGAAAGUUAUAUUGUAGUUAUAACUUCACAGUUAACAUAGGAAGGCACAAAAUUCAGCAAUAAAUUAAGUCAUCAAUAAAAUUAACAUUAAA